CCCACCACCACCACCAAGCUCUUCAGAACAGUCCCGGAGUUUCCUCGAUCACAGCAAGAGGGCUCUGUGCUCUCUUGCCGCAGCCUCCUUUCUCUUCUGGAGCAAAACUCAGAAGGGCAGUAAUUCAAAACCAAAAACUUGGAUUUGUAUGCUGAGAACUUGCAUUUUACCUGUUGGUGAGUACCACAGUCGGGGAAAGAACAUAGGAAGCUGCCGAGUCAGGCCCUUGGUCUGUCUUCUUCAGUGUUGUCUACACUGACUGGCAGCAGCUCUCCAGGGUUUGGGGCAGGGAUCUCUCCCACCCUGCCUGGGGAUUCCAGGGAUCAAAUCCGGCACCUUCUGCAUGCAAAGCAGGUGCUCUGCCAUUGAGCUACAGCCCUUCCCCAGAUUUGUUUUGGCCGAAUCUCCAAAUUAGUUGGACAGCCUCAGAAGUAGCGGGCCCAUUUCUUUGAUUUAUUUUACUUUAUUCAUUUAUUAUUUCCUACUUGCCUGUGAGUUCUUUCCACUUGGUCUGGUACUCUUUUUCCUUAAUACGACCUGCAUGGGACCUUGGAAUGAUUUAGUCGUUUAGCUAAAUUUCUGUCCUACCCUCUUUCUAUCAAGAGGGUAUGCAUGGCACAGUCUCCCAUACAGACCUGCUUUGCUUCAGCAAAGUUGCCAUAUCCUUUGGCAACUAGUUGCUAGUUCUCAUGUACUCAGUGGAAGAAGGAGCAAGCACACUGCAUGUGCUCAGAGGCACACUCUUAUCCUUGCGUGUAUACUUCAUGCGUAGCUGUCAACAUUUCCCUUUUUUUAAGGGAAAUUCCCUUAUUCCGAAUAGGAUUCCUCGCAAGAAAAGGGAAAAAGUUGACAGCUAUGACUCCGUGUAUACUGAGCCUCAGUCCCAGUACAGAAUGCAAAUUCUGGAGCAUGGAAUCUCAGCCAGAUAAUAAAACACCAGAUAAUAAAGAUAGGAUCACACACACCAAACUGGCAUAGGGCUGCCAACUUUUCAACCUGCCACUGUCAUCAUGCUUUCAAUAGCGCCUUGAAACACAUGCAUUAGCCAGCAGUCAUGUUUUCCUCCAUGCCGUGAAAAGUUCUGCUGGUUGAUGUGUGUCAGGCGAUGAAGACACAGCUGUAGAACAGGAUUUCCUUCCAUCUGGCAACCCUGAACUGAGAUAGCUUGUGUUUCUUCCAAGUAUUGAGGGUUCCUUACUUAUCCUUGAUAGGCAGUUCUGGGCAGUAGCAGGAGAAAAACAUUUACCUGCCCUGCCGGAAUUUCCUCUAGAAUAAUUUAACCCUUUGAUAGAGUUAAACCUGCUCCGCCCACACACACACCCCUUCCUUCGUUGGCUCUGUUGAGUGGGACAAUCCUUUCGGUAUGUGAGGUUGAAAAGGCUAUCACUUUAAAAGCUGAUCAAGCCCCUGACUGGACACUUCUUGAUUGACUGCCUGCUCCUUUCUCUUUAUAACCCCAGGGGCAAGUAGCAGAGGGCUGUGGUGGCCUUCAGAGAGGUACUAGGCUGAGAGAGGGCUUAAAAGGUGAGCAAAAGAAUCUGUUUGGCCUUUGUUGUCUGUGGACUUUAUGACUUGUUCCUCUGUCUUUAUUUGCACUUUAAGAUUAAAUCUCUGUUUAUGUUUUAAAGUUGGUGGUGUUAAAAAUCUACGAUAGGAUAUAGCUUUGCAUUGAAAAAUACCCAUGUUUAGUAGCUCCAUGCAUGGUUUUUGAAGAUACCUAAGACAGAGCUGCAGGAUGAAAUUGCCAAGUUAAAACAAAUAACUGGAAGGUCGCAUGGGUGAGGAAAGGCUCCAGAAUGCAGGAAUGGCUGUAGCUCAUCAAGAGAGCAUCAAGGUCCCAGGUUCAGUCCCCAGCUGCAUCUCCAAGUAGGAACUGCUGCUGCCAGUCAGUGUGUGUAAUAUGGAACUAGGUGGAGCAAUGGUCUGAAUUCUUGUAAAACACCUUCCUAUAUUCUUACAGCAGCAGGAGCUCCUUAUUGCUCAUAGACAUAGACUGUCUCCAACUAAAAGCUUGGUAUGCAUUCAUGCUUUUAAGCACAACUGCCUUGUCUGAUACAAAAUUUUAAAUUUAAGGGGAAGUUAGCUUUAAGGGGAAACUCCUGCAGAGCAGCUGAACACAGCAGAGGAGAGUAGCUUUUCAAAGGUCUCCGUUUUGUACUGUAUAUUUUGUCAGCAUGCUCAGCAUCUUGCUUCCCCGCCUCCCAAUAAGUUUUAAUCUUUCUAGCUGUUGUUUUUUACGGGAAACUGAGGGUAACAAUGAGUGAUGUGAUUAACCCCAGGUAUGGGGUUGUGGUUGGCUUGGCUUCUUGGUACAGAUCCCUAAAGGGGCAGCAUUCAUUGGGCGGUUUGUCUCCUAAGUGCUAAAAGAUCAUAGAAUCAAAGAGUUGCAAGGUAUGCCAAGCGCCAUCUACUCCAACUCCCUGCAAUGCAAUCCCUUACAAAUGGCCACCCAACCUCUGUUUAAAAACCUCCAGUGAAAUAGUCUACCACCUUCCUAGACAGUCUAUUCCACUGCUGAACAGCUCUAAGAUCAGGGGAAGUGAGGGUCUGUUCCCUUUGGUAGAAAUAUAUCGUGGUGGUUUUUUUUCUAAAUGUUCUGCAAAUGAUGAGACUAUUAGGAAUUUUCCUGCACAGUGGAUCUUCUUACCAGACAUCCACACCAAGCAUGCAAAGCACUUUUAUACCACUUUCACAGUCAUGGUCCCCCCCCCCAAAAAAAAAACGAACCCAGGGAACUGUGGUUUGUCAUGGGUGCUAUUAGGAGAACCCUUCACAGAGCUAUAGUUCCCAACAUGUUUAACAAACUUCAUUUCUCAUAAUUCCUUAGGAAGGAAACAUGACUGUGAAAGUAGUAUAAGAGUCGUAGGAUCAUGAGCUUUAUUUAUUUUUUAUUUAUGCAACUGUUUCUUGCAAAACUUCAGGCCAACAACAUGAAUAUAUGGUGUGGAUUUGACUGUUGCCUUUUCUCCUUCACAGGGCAAUUUCUAGGAUUAAUUUGCAGGCCAGUAGGUUAACUCACAUUGGUCCCAGGGCCUGGGCUUAAGACACUUAAUGGGCCAAGACUGCUGAAGCUAAGGAGGUCUGGGUCUUGUCAGUGCCUCACUGUGAGACAUUUUGAGAAUCCUAUUAAAGCUGCCUCAAGUUCCACAGCAGAAAAAUAAGGCCCUUCUCCUGCAGAGUUGCCUCUUCUCCCUGCUUGCUGAGCACUUUUCCAAACCUCUUCCAAAGGGUAUUUUUAAAAGUGUUUUUUAGGCUCCUAACAUCACUAUGGUCCAGAAUUUGUAUAUGCAUAUAUCUGUACUUUUCUGCUUUAAAUUCUACUCUUAAAAUUGUACUCUUAAAACUGUCCAUGAAAAUUCUGGAUAGGCAAAUAUUCUAGUCCUCAAAGUAUCUUGUUACUAGAUAGGUGGAGAGGGUGGUGUAGAGCAUGGGAACAGUUAGCUGGUCCUUUCUCUCUAUCCCAAAACUGUCUUUUAAAAAUAGGAUGCUCUGUAAGGAUUGUUCUUGUCCAGAUGUAGAAGAGCCUGAAACACUUCUGGAUUCCUCUGCCCUUUGUUAUUUUGAAAGCAAGUCCUGACACUUCUAGAAAUUCAGCUGCUCUUCGCUUCCACAAUAGCAGGGCACCAGGGGUGAGACUUGCGCAAGUUACCAUUUUGUAUUUUAAGUUUGGGGUUCCUUAUUUCAAAAAAAUAAAAUACAACAAUUAUAUAGGAAGCGUGCUUGCUCAUACUUGGUCCUCACUUGUGCUGGUCUCUCCCCACCCCAAGCUAUCUAAAGUUUCACCUGUAAGUUUUUGGGGCAGGAACCUUCCUUGUUAAUUUUAGUCGGAAACACCACCUACACUGAAUGGUGUUAUGGAAACAAUAUUUGCAAAACUUCGCUGUGUGGCUAUGUAUCACAUAGCAAGUAAUCAAUAGUGGCUUUUAAGUGGUAAAAGUAUGUAUUGUGCUCUCCCUUAGCACAAGAUGGGUGACUGGGGCUUCCUGGAGAAGUUACUGGACCAAGUGCAGGAGCACUCGACUGUCAUCGGCAAAAUCUGGUUGACGGUCCUCUUCAUCUUCCGCAUCUUGAUCCUGGGCCUCGCUGGAGAGUCCGUGUGGGGAGAUGAGCAGUCAGACUUCGUUUGCAACACCAAGCAGCCCGGCUGCCCCAACGUCUGCUAUGACAAGGCUUUCCCCAUUUCCCACGUCCGUUACUGGGUCCUGCAGUUUCUCUUUGUCAGCACACCCACUUUAGUCUACCUGGGGCACGUCAUCUAUCUCUCCCGGCUUGAGGUGAAGCUGAAGGAGCGGGAGAGUGAGCUCCGGGCUCUGCAGUCUAAGGAUUAUAAGGUGACAGCCAUGCUGGUGGCGGUGGAGAAGAAGAUGGCCAAGAUCUGCGUGGCGGAGGAUGGGAGGAUUAAAAUCCGUGGGCCUCUGAUGUGGACCUACACCAUUAGUGUGGUCUUCAAGAGCAUCUUUGAGGCUGGCUUCCUCCUUGGCCAGUGGUACCUAUAUGGUUUUGUAAUGCAUGCCCGUUAUGUCUGUCAGGGGGACCCUUGCCCACACCAUGUGGACUGCUUUAUGUCCCGCCCCACUGAAAAAACUAUCUUCAUCCUCUUCAUGCUGGUGGUGGGCUUGAUCUCUCUCGUUCUCAACCUUCUGGAGCUAUUCCACCUCUGCUGCAAGAGCCUGCUGCACAACACCAAGGAAAGAGACUGCUGUUCCCCCUCCUCUGCUCCUCCCAUGCCCUGUGAGGCCAACAGCUUCCCCAACAAGCUUUGCGGUGUGCCUGAGGAGGCUUAUCCCGACAAGGCUUUCUUCUACCUCCCAAUGAGUGAGAGGCCUUCUCCGCCCUACCAGGCAUACAACAAACUUUCCAGUGAGCAGAACUGGGCCAACUUCAACACAGAAGAAACCUUGGCCUUGCAAGGCAGGAAUAAGCCCCCUGACGUCUUUACCACGGAAGCCCCCAUAGUCCAUCUCUCUCAGGAAAGGCAGUCGAGCCGGCCUAGCAGCAGUGCUUCCAAGAAGCAAUAUGUCUAGCAAACAAAGCAACCAUUACAGAAGAUGGAUGUUGUCUUCCUUUGAGGCAACUCUGGGUUUACUCAGCUAAUUAGCCUUCCUGAUAAUGGAUGGCUCCCUUCCGAUUUUGACAAAAGUGGCCAUGUCUCAAAUGUUCUUCUCAGGGGCCGCCUUGUUUUCUACCAUGUGAAACCUGCUGUACCAAGUAGGGCUAUCCUGGCUUUCGUAUAGACAUAAUCUGAACCUUCCAGGUAGAGUCUACCAUGGGACAUCUUCUGGGCCAAUGAAAUGGCUGCUUCACAGACAUUCAGUCAUCCAAGUGUCAGAGGGUGACUAGUUGGUUGGGGAGGGGCAUUUGUUGGUCUUCUUUUUGUGUUAGGCCUUGCAGGUGAGGACGGUUAGCAGCAACCACCUGAUGAGGAGGAGGAGGAACAGGCACCUCUACCAGCUUGGCACUAUGCAGGAGUUGGCCUUGCUUUCUGGAAGAUGAUUUGUAUCCUAGUGCAGAAGACACAGAGGAAAGUGUUUUUGUUUUCAGUGGGAAGAAACUUACUGUUGUGGCUUCUAUUCCCAGAUAGCAACAUGGUGACAUUGUAUGACAGUCAUAUAUCAUUUUUUCUUUCCUUUUCUGUACAACUCCCUGGUUUACAGGAAGUCUGAGUAGGAUAGCAAAACUGCGAGCCAUAUACAGUCAUGUUGGACUAAAAACAGAGUUCCUGUCACAUGCGGGCAUUUUAGGGAAUAUCGGCUACUGCCGAAGUAAGCUUGUCAAGCAGACCUCCUCGCUGAUAGAGUUUGGUUGGUGUGGCUUAAGUACUUUUCAGUUAUUUCUUGCAUGUUGUGCUCCUUGAUGGCAACUGUCACUGGAAACUGUCCCUGAAGGCUUUGUGCCACAUUACGGAGUUCACCUUCACUGUAUAAUGUAACCACUAGCACUUGAUAUGAAAAAGACUUUUGCACUUCCAACUUGAUAGCUUUUUUGCUGGCUUGGGCUGAUGGGAGGUGGAGUCUAAUAACAUCCAGAGAGCACUACAUUAGCCAUCUCUGCCAAAGGCAAACCUAAAGAAGGUUUUAGUUAAUUUGUUCACCAAUUCAUCAAAACUUUGUCUCCUGAUCAUUUUCUGAAGUGUCAUUUUUUUUCAUCAAAAGCAAGACUGUGGUCCACUGAGCUGUGAAGAAACUGGUGGCGUGUCUGUGGCUGUUAACUUUUGUUUGAUGUACAUUCCAAUGCAUAUAGGGCCCCCUCCCUGCCAUACUGGAUAACAGUUGGUCCUCUUGGAUUCAGUGUCUGUUCCCCUGCUUAACCCCACUAUGUAGAAUGAUGCGUUAAGUCAUAAAACACUGUUUACUAUUCCCUUUUUAAGAUGUCAAGUGUUUUAUAUAUGUAUCUUUAAGUAUGGCUGUAUUGCCCAAUCUCUAUCCUGGAUUCUUUGUUUUGCUGUCCCGUCCCUUCUGUUAAUUUAUUACAAUCUUAAAUCCUGUAUAGUCUGAAAAGGCAAGCUGGAUCUUCUGCAUCUGUUGCUGAGGCAGUGUCCAAAAGUUAAAAGUAGGAAUCUCACCGGAAUCUCAUAGAAGGAUAUGCCUGUUGAGCUGGGAAGAGGUCUUUAUCCAUUUCUGAACUAAGACAGAGGCAGGGGUGUCUUAAAAUGUUUAUCUGCAGCAACUUCUUGCAUAGAAGUGUUGGCUUCAAUAAGAAUAUGGCAGCUCCCUCUUUGUAGCAUCCAACAUCCCAACCAACAGGAUGUUGGGCAACCUGAUUUUUCUCGGUCUCCAGUGAACUGUUCUUACUAAAGCUGUGAAAAGGAGAUCUGUAUCUGUCGGUUUGAUGUCAACCAGCAUGUAAUAUGGAGAGCUUACUUCCCCACUGCCAAACUGGCCAAAGUUGAAUGAACAGCAAGGGCGCAAGUAGAAAAUUUGGGAAUACAUUUAGUAGUAUUAAAAGUGGUUUGUUUGUUGUUGUUUUUCAAAUUAAAAGAAAAACAUGAGACCA